AUGCAGGGUGUGAUCAAGAUUAAUGUGGAUAGAGCGUUUAGUAAUAAAUUGCACUUAUCCUCGGUUGGAGUUGUGGCCCGAGACGCACAUGGAAUUGUCCUUGGGGGAUUGGCAAUGAAGAUUGAUCCUCCCUUUACGACCGAAUCCACUGAAGCUACGACGUUCUCUCAAUGCGAUGCUAUAUCGAUAGUGUACAGGUUGUCUAAUCAGACCCCGAACAAGACCGAGGAUAUCUCUACAGUUAGAUUGUUGCUAAAUGAGGCUAGAUCACUUCUUGCUGACUUCCCGUCUUUCAAAGUGCUCUAUGUAAGUAGGGAAACUAAUAUAGUUGUCCACACGUUAGCGCAAUGGACCUUAUCAAACCACAAUCCAAUAUGGUUUUUCCUGGAUGAACCUGAUUGUAUUAAACAACUUGUCAUUGAUGAUGUUAUUGGAAUAUAA